CUCCGCGUCAAAAUUAAGUCCCGCUGCCAUGUCCGAGGACGUCCGAUAAGAUAAAACUUACAUAUCCCCGCACAGGGAAACAAGACGAAAUUGUCUCACAUAUCACGGUCGGACCUCAGACACGAGCCAGAAUCGGGUGCCGCCGGACACGCGGGGCGCUGAUCAUCACCUCGGCCUUGGUCGAAGUCGUCCGCGGGAUCGCGUCAUAUGAUGAACAUUGCCGCCUGCCGUAUCCGCCCCUCGCCGGAGGAAAAUCCCGUCCACCCAUCCAUUAUGCUCGCCCCGAAAUCAAGCAGCGCCCCGCCGCACCAAGUCCACAUAGACCCGAUUUCAAUACUGGGGACGACGGCAGAUACCAUUGUUCAAUGAGCUUGAGCUUGUUCUGAUUAUCCUCCGCACAUAGCGCCUCAAGAACAGUGAGAUAAUCAUCUCUGCGCCUUGCCUGGGGGUUGAUUCUCCCCAAGGGAAUCCUCCUGGGGAUCGAUCUCCUCCAAGGGAAUACUGUCGAAUGAGACCCUCGAUUUUUGCGAAUCGACAUCAAUCGUGUCGGGAAACCCCGGCGGGUGGCACUCAUAGCACUCGUUCCAUUUCAGUGGCGCACUACUGGCACUUCGUUGGCGGUUUGAUGCCAGGUCCCUCCUGCCUCAGAGGCCAAUGCUCCUAUUGAGCAGGGGAGAAGUGAGAGACCCCUCUCCUCACACCAGCUGGAGCCUCUCCGCUGUCCGAUGCGACUGGACCUGAAGAGUUUCGCCACGAUGCGAUUCCGGAACUCAACGU